CGGGCAGCCCGAGGACGCACUGGCCUGGCAGGGCAGCGCCUCACCCGAGGGCCCCGAGCUGGCCGGAACCGGACCACAGCUCCCUUGGCGGCCCCUCCUCUGGGCCGGGUCAUGCGCUGCCCCAAGUGCCUACUCUGCCUGUCAGCGCUGCUCACGCUCCUGGGCCUCAAAGUGUACAUCGAGUGGACAUCGGGGUCCAAGCUCAGCAAGGCUUACCCGGGACACCGGGGCACCCUGCCUGGCCCAGCGCCAACCAAUGCUGAGCCCACACUGCCCUCCAACCUCUCUGUCCGCCUAGGCCAGACUGGCCCGCUGCCCUCCGCUUACUGGAACCAGGAGCAGAGGCGGCUGGGGGCUCUGCCCAGUGGGCACUGCCAGGCUUGGGGGGUGGCUGCAGCCUCAGCGAUCCCGGACUUUGCCUCCUAUCCUGAGGACCUCCGUCGCUUCCUGCUGUCAGCAGCCUGUAGGAGCUUCCCGCAAUGGCUGCCUGGAGGGGAGGACAGCCACGUGGCCAGCUGCAGCGAUAACGAUGUCCCCUAUCUGCUCUUGGCUGUCAAGUCGGAACCAGGCCACUUUGCGGAACGACAGGCUGUGAGGGAGACGUGGGGCAAGGCGGCCCCCGGGACCCGCCUGCUCUUCCUGCUGGGAUCCCCUCGGGGUGAGGGCGGGCCUGACCUGCGCUCACUGGUGACCUGGGAGAGUCAGCGCUACCGUGACCUGCUGCUCUGGGAAUUCCUUGAUGUCCCCUACAACCGGACACUCAAAGACCUGCUGCUGCUGGCCUGGCUGGGCCGUCACUGCCCCGGGGUGACUUUUGUCCUGCAGGCUCAGGACGAUGCUUUCGUGCACACCACUGCCCUGCUGCAGCACCUGCAGGCCUUGCCACCCACCUGGGCCCGAAGCCUCUACCUGGGCGAGGUCUUCACCCAGGCCAAGCCCCUCCGGAAGCCAGGAGGGCCAUUCUACGUGCCCCAGUCCUUCUUUGAGGGUAGCUACCCAGCCUACGCGAGUGGAGGUGGCUACGUCAUUGCGGGGCGCCUGGCUCCCUGGCUGCUGCAGGCAGCCGCCCGCGUGGCACCCUUCCCCUUUGAUGACGUCUAUACUGGCCUCUGCUUCCGUGCCCUGGGCCUGGUGCCCCGGACCCACCCAGGCUUCCUCACGGCCUGGCCAGCAGACCGCCAGAAGGACCCCUGUGCUCUGCGAGACCUGCUGCUGGUGCGACCCCUCAGCCCCCAGGACAGCAUUCGGCUCUGGAGACACCUGCAGAAGCCCGGGGUCCAGUGCUGAGCCUUGUGUGGAACUGGGGUGGGGCACUGGCCUGAGCAGGGGCUGGGCUGGGCUGGGCAGACAGUGACCUUAGGUGUGUGAGCUACUUUCUGAUUGUCAGCAUUACAUCCUCUCUGCUCUGA